CACACACUAACAUUUAUAAACAUUUCUGACUGUUAAACUACUUAUUACUACUUCACCGCCGAAUUUUGUCUUCGCCCCCACCCACUAUUCAUUAUGCGUAGAAUACGUCGAUCAUUUUCGAAUACAACUUCAUUGAAUCCACGAAUUCACCAUAGACAUGAACAUGAUGAGGAUGACAAUGAUGAAAGUAUGCUACCCCACCAUCAACAACAACCUCAUCAUCGAUUAGAUGAAGACAGACGUUCAACGCAUCGUUCAUCUCAUAAUCCACAUGAUUCGCAUCACCAUCAUCAACACUCAAAUGAAUCGAAUUCAUCAUCAUUAAAUAUCAGUAAUACACCAGUGAAUAAUUCAAUUUUAUCCGAUCAAUCAAAUGAAUUCUCGACACAACAGCAACAAUUGCACCACCAACAACAACACUCAGUUGGAUCAUAUACAACGGAUGAAUCUUAUAUAAAUUUAUUAAACACCCUGAAUAACUAUAAUACUGCCACUCCUACUGCGGAUGAUUCAAAUCCACCGAAAUACACGCAUGUUAUCAAAGCUAUCCGAGAAGUGAUCUCCUGUUGUGCAUGUUAUGCAAGUGACACACUGAUGAAAGAAUGUAUGAAUGGACAUUUAAUAUGUCAAAAUUGUUUUUUAACUUUACGACAAGAUGAAAGACCCCAAUGUCCAACAUGUAGAGCCAGCCUGUAUUCAGAUACACGACGUGCACUGAUAGCACAAAAAGUACUCUCUGAAUUACCUGAUACCUGUCUGGAUUGUAAAACAUCAAUGUUGCAUAAGUCUUUAAUCAAUCAUCGAUUAAAUUUAUGUCCUAAACGAAGUGUUGCUUGUGGUUUAUCCCCAUUUGGUUGUGAAUGGAUUGGUAAUGCUGAACAAUAUCAACAAAAACAUCAAAAUGAAUGUGUAACACGUAAACGUCUACUGGAACAACCUAUCGGUGAUUAUUUAGACACUUUAUUACAUCGUUUUCAAACAAGAGAACAGAUAAUGCGUGAAACAUUCCAAUGUUUUUCCACUGUAUUACAUCACCUGGAAGCACAUGAAAUACAAACGACAUCAAUUACACUGUCGAGUAUUAAUAUCACAGAAACAGAUAUAUUAUAUCGUAGUGAUUAUUUCCACUUGAAUCAAUCAAGAUGGACUAUUGAAGCAUUGAUUAAAUUUUUACCAGAACAAACUUCUACAACUGAUAUGAAUAUGAAUGCAGCCUAUAGAUCUGAUCCGUCUACCAUUCACCUUGAUUUAAAUUUACCUUCGACGAAUCAUACUAUUGAACAUCCUGAAUGUUCAAUGGACGAGGACACAGAUAUUCCACAUCAAUCCCAACAACACCAACAACAACAACAGGAACAGGAAGAAGAACAACCUCUAUUGUCAUCAUCAACAUCCUCAUCAUCCUCCAUACGUAGACGUAGAAAUCAUUCUUCAUGCCUGUUUACACGACAUCAUCCCUAUCAAAGAUCAUUUGGUCUAGCACAAAAUCAAACAUUUACACAUACAGAACAAUCUGAGACAUCCGUGAAUGAUGAGCGUAUCAUCUCUCCACGUGUAUCUCCAUAUAUAUCAAAUUCUAACUGGUAUGGUGAUAUUACUUUUAGGUUAAUUAAAGAAAAUAGUUCUGGUAUUGGACGUAAAGCAUUUUCAUUUGUAUUUCUUCAACUGAAAGUACCUGAAUCUGGUGUACAUAUCUAUGCUAGACCCCAGUUGCAUACAUAUCGAUUUAAUGUUCGUGGGGAGCAUACACCAUAUUAUAAAAUAUUACCUAUACGUUGGAGAUAUAUAAAUAAUUUACGUGAAAUGAUUAAACAUCGUUUAAUUCAAGUAGAAGUUGUUAUUGCUAGAAAAAUUUCAGAAGAUCAUACAGAUAAUUAAUUUAUUUAUUUAUUUUAAUAAGCAAAUUUAUUAACUCUUUUAUUAAUUAUAUCGCUUAUUAUUUUAUAUAUGACAAAAAAUUCAAAUUUCCCUCUCUCUCUCCCUAGUAAUCACUAUGGCCGCUUUUUAUAUGCCGCGCUUAAUUUAAACACUAAUUCAAUAUUUCAAUAUAAAUUAAAUGCAUUCAUAAUGCAAUGCUUUUAUGAAAUGCUUUUCUAGGGAAAAUAUUAAGAAAAAAAGAUAUAUGAUAAUACAGAUAUAAGUAGUAUAUUGACUUUAUCGGUAAAAGAUUUUUUUCUUUCGUCUAAAAAUUGAAAAUGGGUGAAUACUUUUUUAUGAUUUACAAAAUUUAGUCUUGAUUUGAUGAAAAAAAGAUAUUUUUAUUCUUAACAUUCCGAUUUAUUUUUGUCUUUUGAAGAUGAUAACUAUACCAACAGUACUAAUGCUAAUAAUAGGAAUAAUAUUGAAAAAAGAACGACCAUAUCAUCAUUUUAUUUUCCUUAUUCAUUAGUCUCUUG